AUGUCUGAAGCCUCUCCGCAUGCCAUGGUGACUGUCGCCGAUGUCGUGGAGGGGAUCUCCGACCCCUCGCCCAUGGGAUGGUCUCCCCCGGCCCUGGCCGAGGCAGCCAUCGUAGCGAUUCAUGGUUACUUCGGCUUGGAGUGGUGGAUGUCCAUCGGUGCUAUCACUCUCUCCCUUAGGCUUCUCCUCUUUCCUGUCGUGGUCUAUCAGAUGAAGAACAUUGCUCGUCUGAAUCUUGUUAAACCUGAGAUGGAGGUGAUCACCAACAACUGGCGCAAGCUUGGCGGAUACUCUGCUCCUCCCAGGGCGACUGACGUCUAUCAGAAGCAGCUCAAGGAGCUGUUCGCAAAGCAUCACUGCAACCCCUGGAAAUCGUUCAUCGGUCUGGCGGUACAGGGGCCGAUCUUCGUCAGCUUCUUCUUUGCCCUAAGGCACAUGGCCACAACUUACCCUUCAUUCAAGGACGGGGGGACUAUGUGGUUUCAGGAUUUGUCCAUCGUCGACCCGACAUACAUGCUGCCGGUCAUCGCCAGCUUGUCGAUGCUGGCGACCAUCGAGCUCGGAGGUGAGACCGGGCAGGCCAUGAAAGACCAGCAGUCCACCAUGAAGUUCGCGAUGCGUGGGUUUGCGGUUGCAAUGGUUCCUCUCGUAAUCAUGUCAGGAAUCCCCAACGGAGUCUUCCUCUACUGGAUCCCUUCCAACGUUUUCUCCCUGCUCCAGGUGCUCUUGCUCAAGGUGCCUUUCAUGAAAUCGCUGCUGGGUUUCCCCAAGAUGCCUGCGGCUGCUGCUACUGCCACCGCCACCGCCAAGCAAGCAGAGCCUGUCAUUCCCAAGCUCGUCUAUUCCACUAGACCUAAGAAGUAA